AUGGCCCAAUCUGUGCCCUUAGAGUCUACAGCCUCGAUGGGAGCUGAUUCCCAGCUUACCGAGUAUACUUUGGCCGAUAUUGCCAAGCAUAAUCGCAAGGAUGACAUCUGGAUUGCUGUCCACGGGCAAGUUUUUGACAUCACUGAGUACCUGCAGGAUCAUCCAGGAGGCGUGGAUGUUCUCCUAGAGACUGCAGGCUCUGACGCCACCACAGCUUUCGAGGAUGUCGGCCAUUCCGAAGACUCCAGGGAGAUCUUGCAGGAGUACUUGAUCGUGGUCCGGGCAGACCCUCAUAUGGCUAAGGGCUUCCUCGACUCGAAGGAAUACCAACGUCUACCUUUAGUUCAGAAGGAUCUAUUGUCGCCCAAUGUGUACCGAUUUGUAUUCGCUUUGCCUGAUACGAAAGGGGUGAUUGGACUUCCCAUUGGGCAGCAUGUUGCCAUCCGCGCUAAUAUUGAUGGGAACACCGUGAGCCGAUCCUACACCCCUGUUUCCAACAACUUGGACCUGGGCCGACUCGAACUGGUCGUCAAGUGUUAUCCUGACGGUCUACUGAGCGGUAAAUACCUUGCCAACCUGACUGUUGGGGACGAGGUGGAGUUCAGGGGACCCAAGGGAGCGAUGCGAUACGGCCGAGGGCUUUGUGCCAAGAUUGGAAUGGUAGCUGGCGGAACAGGCAUCACCCCCAUGUAUCAACUCAUUCGGGCCAUUUGCGAGGACGAGCGUGACACGACCGAGAUCAGUCUGAUCUAUGCUAACCGGAGCGAGGGAGACAUCCUGCUACGCGAGGAGCUGGAAGAUUUUGCUCGCAAGUAUCCCAAGAACUUCAAACUCUGGUACAUGCUGGAUACGGCCCCCGAGGGGUGGAUGUAUGGGUCGGGCUACGUGAACGAAGCUGUCCUCCGUGAACGAUUGCCAGACCCAUCAGCAGAGACUAAGAUUAUGCUCUGUGGACCCCCAGGCAUGGUGAAUGCGUGCAAAAAGACCUUGGGCGUAAUUGGAUUCCAGACGUCAGGAACGAUCUCGAAGAUGAGCGACCAGAUCUUUUGUUUCUAG